CGCGGCACGGGGCUGGCUUGCCACACUUUUCCACAGUGCCUGCAAUAAGUCGCACGUCAAUCACGGUCAAUCAGUGUCAGUGUCAGCGACAAUCCGGCUGUCAAUCCGGCUGUCAGUUUGGCAUUAAAACUAAGUAUUAACCGGCCGCUCAUUUGCAUAAUUGGCAACGCCUUAAGUACAGCGACGCCGCCAUGGAGCAGGCCCAGUCGCAAUGGCAGCCGCGGCCGCAAGCACUGGCUCGCCCGAUCCGCUGGCGGACGAUGUGCGUCUGCCCAAGGAGCAGGCGACGUCGGCGUUCUUCGAGUCGAAAACCUUUCGCCUGAUCUCGAUUGUCAUCUAUCUGGGCGGCAUCAGUGGGCUCGGCAUGGCGCUGGCCCUCUACUAUCUCAUCUUCUUUGACUCCGGCAUGCCGGAUAUUCAUCUCCGGUUUCCCGUCUCAAUUGGCGGCCAGCCGGUGCAGAAGGUGCACGAGUACCAAGAGACAAAAUUGUGAUACCCGAAAAGAUUGCCAUACGCCUAUUAAACUCAUCGGAAGUCACCGCAGAGCAGUUCUACAAGCACAUCCUCGAGCAGUAUCGCAUCCUGAACCAUUUGCAAAUGCAGCGCCAGCAGUUCCUGC